ACUGCCGCGAUGCGCGUUUGAUGGCCGAGUCAGAGAGCGAUGAUUUGCAUCAGCCCUCCCUCCCAUCGCAGCGUAAAUCAGGGCAGCUUCCGAAGCCAUGUGAGCCUCUUUCGCUAUAAAUGUCAUCGGUGUCCCCACGUAGAUGACAGUCUGCUAAUGUUAUCGAAUGAAUGAGCGAAGCUUUCGAUUCGGAGUCAAGGCAAAUGGCAGGAAGGCAGCUGAGCGUACAGCACUGGAGCACGAAGCAUGUGGCCAAGUGGCUGAAGGAAGAGGGCUUCUGCGACUAUGUGGACCUCCUGUGUAACAGGCACAGGCUGGAUGGCACCAGCUUGCUCACCCUGACAGAGUAUGACCUCCGGUCGCCUCCGCUGGAGCUCAAGGUGCUGGGGGACAUCAAGCGGCUCAUGCUGUCCUUGCGCAAGCUGCAGAAGCAGUACUCGGACGUGCUGGAAGAGCUUGGCAUCGCCUUCGAUGGGCACGCCUCCCAGAACGCCGACUGGCUGAGCAACGGCGACCCGGCGCGAGACUGUGACGGCGCCGCCGACGGCUUGCCUGCCGACCAGUAUCACCAGUAUGCCAACGGCAAACACAAGCAACACUCGCGUCGCCUGGACCCCGAGUACUGGAAGACGGUCGUGAGCUCCGUCUAUGUGAUCUUCGUGUUUGGCUUCACCUCCUUCGUCAUGGUGAUCGUGCACGAGAGAGUGCCUGACAUGCGCACGUAUCCACCCCUGCCGGACAUCUUUCUAGACAGCGUUCCCAGAAUACCAUGGGCUUUCGCCAUGGCUGAGGCCUGCGGCGUGAUCCUGUGCAACAUCUGGCUGCUGGUGCUACUGCUCCACAAGCACAGGUCGAUCCUGCUGCGGCGCAUGUGCAGCCUGAUGGGCACCGUGUUCAUGCUGCGCUGCGUCACCAUGUUCGUUACCUCCCUCUCAGUGCCAGGGCAGCAUCUUCAGUGUUCCGGGAAGGUCUACGGCGACAUAUGGGCCAAGCUUCAGCGGGCAAUGACCAUCUGGAGUGGCUUUGGGAUGACACUCACGGGCGUCCAAACUUGCGGAGACUACAUGUUCAGCGGUCACACGGUGGUCCUCACCAUGCUCAACUUCUUUGUGACAGAGUACACUCCAAGGACUUGGAACUUCAUACAUACCUUAUCGUGGGUUUUGAAUUUGUUCGGCAUCUUCUUCAUCCUGGCUGCCCACGAACAUUACUCCAUUGACGUCUUCAUCGCCUUCUACAUCACCACAAGACUCUUUCUGUACUACCACACCCUGGCCAACACACGGGCUUACCAGCAGAGCCGCAGAGCACGUAUCUGGUUCCCCAUGUUCUCCUUCUUCGAGUGCAAUGUCAAUGGCCCCGUUCCCAACGAGUACUGCUGGCCCUUCUCCAGGCCGGCCGUCCUGAAGAGGCUCAUAGGCUAGCGUGCGACGGCUUCUGCAGCGGACAAGACCAACGUUCAGUGCUGCUUUGUUACACACUGGUGGCCAGUCUGCUGUAGAUUUGGGGACACUAUCAUUUCAUUGUAAAAGUAUAGUGCUUACGAACUUUCGACCAUAGAGUGACCACAGGCUGGCACUCUGCCUUCUCCCUGCCUCAUUUCAUACCUGUUACCUGUCAGCAUGAGGGUAUUAAUCUAUAACUGAUAUUCACCUUGUAAUGUUUUCUAACAUAGUGUCUGAAACCCUGCUUCCAUUAACUGAGAAUCUCUUAAGAUUAAACUAUAUAUAUAUAUAUUAUAUAUAUACACAUAUACUAAAUUUAGAAUUGUUUCAGAUAUGACCAUUUUUAAGUUCACUGCCUCGUUGAUAAAAAUUUUUACUCCCACAUGGUUUUUUGCAGUUACAUAAAGUCUAUAAACAGGCACUGAUUUUGAGGUUGUUAAACUAUAAGUGGUUUGGUGAAGAGGUUACCGUGCUGGCAUGAUAUGCUCCUGCAUUAUCGAAGAGCUAUUAAGAAUAGAAACUAUUAAGUGUAUUUAUUAAGUGUAUUCGGUGUGGAUCUACAUGUCUGGUCAAUAUCCUGAUGCGCACGCUGCUCCCGUGUGCUGCCCCUUGACCGGAAUUGGGUUUGUCUGGGGUCAGGUAGCAGCAGUACACAAACUGCCUUCAAAGCCUCUUGGAUGCCAUGUGGAGGGAUGUAAGUGAGAAAUGUGUAUAUAUAAAACUGCAAAAUUAAAUUCAGGAGAAGUUUGUUGUUCAAGGUAUAAAGUGGUAAAUCAGGUAACUUUUUCACACGUUAUUUGUACUGCAAACAUGCACAGGCUCCUUGAGAAAGCAAUGUUAAACACUAUAUUAAUGUUUUUUCUAUUGCUUAUAUUUUAUUGCAUGAGGUUAAAGGGCUGGGCGAGAACUUUCUACAUGAUUACGAUGAGUAAAACUCGCGCAAUGCAGAAAGCAGCUACAUUCCUUUGUUUUCUUAAUAACGCCAUGAUAGUGCUAGGAGAAUGUUGAAACAUGAAUAAUCUUCCAUUUUUUGUGGUGCGUUGUUUGAAAUGGUCACUGUGGUGAAGAUAUUGUAAUGUUUUUUUGUUAAUGUUUUCAUUCUUAUUUUUUUUUUGUUAAAAUAUUUUGGAAAAAAAUGGAAUACCAAGGCAAAACAUUACUGUGACUUUCAUUGAAAUUAAGCCAAAAUAAAGUUAGAAGGUAUUUAAAUUGCCAAUAAAAUUAAAGUAUUAUGUACUUGUUUCCUUUGAGGGGGAAGAAAAACUCAUGUUGAACAGAGCAACUUUAGGUUAUGCUCAUCUGUACCGCUAUGGUAUUUUUGUUUACACUUUCGUUGGUCGUGGAAAGUGGCUAUAGAUUACUAUAUUCCCUUAAACAUUUCAAAGGAAAAGCUAACAUACCUUUACUGAUUCCUUGAAUAGAGGCUAUUUUUCUCCUAUUCACAGUUAUUUCCUCAGUAAUUACUACUUUAAAGGUAAAACUAGUAGUAUGCUAGACUGGAAAUAAACCCAUGCAGAUAUGCAGUCACCACUUUUUUUUCGUCUCACUUCAUUUUUAUGUAACAACUUGUACAUAUAAACAGAACAGAACGAAAUGGAUUCCUUUUUAGUCCCUUUUCAGUUUUUUUUUCCCCCUCUUCCAUGAUGUGAUGUCAUUUUUCAAAGUAUUAAUAUUGCUCAUUUGUACUGAC